CUCUCCUCAUUGAUCGCCUACUUUCAGUUUCAGAGCCUUGAGCCCAUCACUCCCAUCUCCUCGCAAUAACAUCAUUUCCUUAUCUUCUUCCUCACUAUUUCCACCCCCUUUAUCUUCUCUUCAUUUCCCCCAAUUUUUCCAUCUUCUCAUCCUCAAAACCCUAAUUCCCUCAUUUGCAGAAUCGCGCCUCAAAUUUCACCUCAUCUUGUCAAAUUCACCACCAGAGAUGCAUUUUUGACAUCAUUUCUGUACUUUCUUACUAUUCGAUCUCUCUAAAAGGUCACUUGAGAAACAGCGUAAACAAAAAGUGAUCCCUCUACGAUAAAUAGUCUACAAAAAGACCGUCUUACCUUACUAUUUGAACGUAUACAAAAAGUGAUCUCUUUAAGAUAAAUAGUGAGACGAUCUCUCGAAUUUGCGAGAAAGGAUAGAGAUAUAGAGAGAGAAAGGGGGGAAGAUUAUAAGAUUGAAUUUUGGGCAGCGAAUGUCGGUAGAAAGGUCAUUUGAAGCAUGGGAAGAGGUGCAGCGACACGGCCAAGAUUUGGCUGAUAAGCUAGCACAAGGUUUUACAGGUUUAAUUCAAUCUCAUAUUGCUCCUCCAUCAUUUGCGUGGCCUAAUCCUCCUAAAACCAAUCUUUUCGAUGUCGAUUUCGAGUUUCCUACCCAGAAUUUUGUGCCCAGGGACUUUGGACUUGGGAUUGAUAACUCAGGGAUUAAUGGGGUUCUUGAUAUUGGUAAUAGAAUAGGUCAAGCUGGGGCUGAGUUUGGGGCUUCUUUAAAUGGGUUGGUUCAGCAGUUUUUUCGGUCGUUUCCGGUUCCGUUUAUGCAUAAUGAUAAUGAUAAGGUGAAGCUUCAUCAUGCUGAAAAUGGUGGGAAGAGGAGUGAUGUCAGUUUGCUGGUUAGGGAGGAGUUAGGUUCAUUGGCAGAGCAAUGGAAGGAUUUGAGGUUUUCGGAGGAUUCGGAUGCUGGCUUUGAUGGAGUAGUUGAAGACGAGCUUUCGGGGUUUAACUUGAAGAUUGCUGGGUUAUUUGGCAAAUCUCAGGGGACUGUAAAUGUGACAUCCUCAUAUGACAGCAGAACUCGUGAUGUACAAAGUUCUGUUGUUGCACGUGGAGAAUUAUGGAGACUUGAGGCAUCAAGUGGUAGUUCUGUGUCUGGAACUGUCAAUUCAUCUCUUUUUCUAGUCCAGCUUGGACCUUUGCUCUUUGUUCGUGAUUCAACACUUCUUUUGCCAGUUCAUCUGUCAAAGCAUCACUUGCUUUGGUAUGGUUAUGAUAGGAAGAAUGGUUUGCACUCCAUCUGUCCAGCAGUUUGGACUAAGCACAGAAGGUGGCUUUUGAUGUCAAUGAUUUGUCUCAACCCUUUGGCUUGUUCAUUCAUGGAUCUACAGUUCCCGAAUGGGCAGCUUACUUAUGUAGCAGGGGAGGGACUAACCACUAGUGCCUUUGUUCCUAUUUGUGGGGGUCUGCUUCAAGCUCAGGGUCAAUACCCUGGUCAAAUGAGGUUCAGCUUCUCUUGUAAGAAUAAAUGGGGAACACAAAUUAUGCCUAUGGUACAAUUGCCUGAAAGAUCAGUUACACUUGGUUUUGCACAAGACUUGGCUUGGAAGCGUUCUGGUCUUUUGAUGAGGCCAACUAUCCAAUUGAGUCUGUCCCCUACCUUUGGCGGAAAUGAUCCUGGAUUACGGGCAGAACUUGUACAUUCGGUCAAGGAUAAGUUGAAUUUAAUAUACGGGUGUUCGUACUCGACAUAUCCUACAGCAUUUGCAUCUGCUUCUCUUGGUAGAUCUAAGUGGAACGGGAAUGUUGGAAGCAGCGGGAUUGUCCUGAGAGUUGAGACUCCUCUUUGCAAUGUUGGCAACCCAGCAUUCUCUAUACAAGUAAACAGUGGUAUCGAGUUUUAGCCUCUCCCUGCAGCAUCAUGUAUCAACGUCGAAUUGUAUAUAGGACUGCCACACACUUGUAAACAUACCUCACCACCACCUGUGCAUAUUGAUAUGACCGUAGAUACUGCUACCUUGUAUGAUGUAUCAUCUAAGGAUCCAUUCUGCUUGUCUGGAUUCUGAAAUUUUGUGGUAAUUGUCUCCUGGUUUCAUGCAAAUGAUCCGAGUAAUAUGCUGUUCAACUAUGUCAGCUAUCUUAUUUUCA